GGGGUGGGGAGGGGGGGGGGGUUAUUUGUGUGUUGCCCUCUCGCAUCCCUCUCUCCGCACCGCCCCUUUCGCUCCUUCGUUUUUUUAAAAUUUCCCUGUUCGUUCCUGGCUCGGGUUUCUUCGACUUCUUCCUCGUCGUCCUUCUGUCCAUCGGCUUCACAUACAAUACUCUUUUCCUUCUUGCGUGUUGCCUUUGUUAUAGGGUAAGGCUUUCUUGAAUUCGGUGAAUUUGGACGCAUGUCGCGAGAAAUGUAGAGGUAGGCACCACAGUGCAGGCGGUAUAACUAUGUGCAGCCGAUAAAGGAGGCAGGUAAUGAAGGAGAGAAAGUAUGGUGCGGACUCCGAUGGCGUGCACUGUUGCCGGUAAUUCGAAUACACGCUCCAGAUGUGUCACUGAAACGGUUAAUGGCUCACACCAUUUCACAAUCAAUGGCUAUUCUUUAGCCAAGGGCAUGGGAGUAGGGAAGUAUAUUGCCAGUGAGAGCUUUUCUGUGGGAGGUUACCAGUGGGCAAUCUAUUUCUAUCCGGAUGGGAAGAACGCCGAGGACAAUUCUCUUUAUGUAUCAGUUUUUAUUGCGUUGGCGAGCGAGGGGACAGAUGUGCGGGCGCUUUUUGAGUUGACGCUCUUGGAUCAGAGCGGCAAGGGUAAGCAUAAGGUGCACAGCCAUUUCGAUCGUUCUCUCGAGAGCGGCCCGUAUACCCUCAAGUAUCGGGGCAGCAUGUGGGGUUACAAGCGCUUCUUUAGGCGUGCUGUUAUGGAGACAUCGGAUUUCCUGAAGAACGAUAGCUUGGCAAUUACCUGCACUGUCGGUGUGGUAGUGUCAUCCACGCAAGGUCCUAGACUGUACUCUAUCCCUGUUCCGGAACCAGACUUAGGGCAGCAUUUUGGCGCCCUGUUGGACAGCGGCGAAGGCGCUGAUGUGACGUUUGAGGUGGAUGGAGAGGUGUACCAGGCCCAUAAAAUGGUUUUAGCGGCCCGGUCGCCUGUAUUUAAAGCUCAAUUGUUUGGGCCCAUGCGAGAUCGCAAUAGUGGCAAUAUCGAAAUCGAAGAUGUCGAACCCCCUGUUCGUGGCUUUGUCUCUGUUCGACGCCUAGGUCCUGAUAAUUGCGGGGCCUUCAAACCUGGCGUCUUUAAAGCUCUGCUACAUUUCAUCUAUCGGGAUUCUUUACCUGAUACGAAAGAGCUUAUUCGAGCACCCUCAACAUCUAUUCUGUUAGCUCAGCACCUUUUAGCUGCAGCGGAUAGGUAUGGCCUCGAUCGACUUAGGCUACUAUGCGAGUCCAAGCUGUGCGAGAAUGUCAGUGUAGACACAGUGGCGACGACUCUUGCUCUUGCCGAGCAGCACCAUGCCGCAGAGUUAAAGGCUGUUUGUUUGAAGUUUGCAGCCUCAAACCUUGCUGCUGUGAUGCACUCGGAGGGGUUCGAAUACCUCCGGGAUAGUUGUCCCACGUUGCAGUCGGAGCUGUUGAAAACAGUAGCUGGUGUUUACGAAGAAGGCGUCGGUACAGGUGUAAUUUCCAAUCGGAAUCGUAGUGUAUGGGGUCAAAUGUCUGACGGUGCUGAUGCCGGCGGUAGGAGGGUUAGACCCAGAACUUAGUGUGCACUCUGGUCAACGAUUAUACGGGACUACCCUGGUAUUCCCUGAGUCCACGAUUUACUUCAUCUGAAGUGCCAUGGGACGAGAGAACUAAUCAUUCUAUGUGGAAUGAUCUUUGGAACUAGGCGAGGAUCUUGAGGGUAUCUGUCGGUAUGGUCUUUAUUUUGUCCUCCUAGUCAGUUGUGAAAUUUUAUCGCCUGGCACAUAGGGAGGUAAUGUCUCCUAUUCAAGAUCAGAAGAUACUUUACAAUAGGGAUUAAGUGAGCAAGUAUCUCACAUGCAUCCGAGUAUGGCUCGUUUUUCAUAUGAACAAUUGAGAGUCUCUUUGCACUGUGGACUCAGAUUUGGGAGCUAACACCAGGAUCUCACACUUCCAAAUAACGUUUCCAAGU